AUGGCAACCCAGGUCCAGGUCGAAAACGCCCUGCUCGUCAAGGCCCGCGCCAGCGGCAGCAAGGAAGACUGCAUGGCGCUCUACGACACCUGGGCGACAUCCUACAACCAAGACCUCACCGAUGCCUCCCAGAGCUACGUCGCCCCGUUCACCGUCGCCCAAAUCGCACUCCAAGUCAACAAGACCCCUAACGCGCGUAUCCUCGACGCUGGCUGCGGCACCGGCCUCGUCGGCGAGGGCCUUACCCGGGGCGCCGGGUAUACAACAACACUAACCAUCGACGGUCUAGACCUAUCCCCGGCAAUGCUAAAGGUUGCCGCCAAUACCGGAGUGUAUCGCACGCUCACAAAAGCCGAUCUGACGCAAACGAUCGACCUACCCGGCGAGACCUACGACAUCGUGACCUGCGCCGGCACCUUCACCCACGGCCAUGUGGGGCCGGACCCUGCGCUCCGCGAAUUCAUCCGGAUCCUAAGGGCAGGCGGGUUGAUCGUGGCAACUAUCCUGGACGAGGUGUGGGUGUCCAUGGGGUUUGAUACGGAGAUCGAGAAGCUGGCUGCCGAGGGCCUGGUGCGUGUGGUCAGCAUCGAGCUCACCGACUAUCGGAAGGGGUGGGACAAGGCGCGGUUGGUGGUGCUGGAGAAGACCGCGACUGCUUGAUUUCUUUGCCAAUGCGCCAAACCUGUUGACAGAAAUUGCCUGGAACUCGCCCAAUGCGACAUUGAAGCGACCGACAACUUGGCCCCAGUGCGACAACCCCAAUGCGAUCCGUUUCUGAGUUCAA